UUGGCGAUCACUCGGCGACCAGCUUCGACAGAAGAGUGAAGUAUGCCAGUUAUUGGACAACUGAUAAUAUACUACUUACGAGACUUGUGAUAGUGUCCACAACCGAACCAUUGGACAAGUUUGUUUAGUGUUUUAGCAGAAUCACAACAAAGCUUAGCAACAAUAGUGGGAUUCAAUGGUGAUUCUCCACAGGGGAUCAUGAGCUUACAGUUUCUUCAGCAACCCAUAUACCAUAUAUCAUCCACUCAUACGCUGUCAAUAUCGGAAUCUACCGCGACAAUACAAUGACGAUCAAGAGGCCCAACAAUAUCAUUUUCACAUUUAAUAAAGCCAUUCUCAUGCUAUUGGUUGUAUGUCUUGCUGCAGACCUCAUACAUGCAUGAACUCACCCUGGUCUAAAUUUCCCCAUUCGAUUCUAUAUAAGACCUUUUCGGAUUCAAUUCGCUUGAGAAAGGCUCUAGAGUAGGCCUUUGCGGAUCGCUUUCAAUUAUCAAUUGGUAAUUUUAAUUUGUUGAAUCCGAACGUACUACGCGGCGCGCUUGAAGUGAUAAAGGACUAAGUGAAAGGAUUUCGAUAUUCAAUUUACUUCGGCGAGGAUUAGAAACGGUGAAGAAAGAUAUUUGUAAAAUUAAAUAAAUUAGAUUCAGUGGUGUUUCUAUUUGAAUUUAAAUAUUUGAAUUUUAAAUAAAUUUUAAUAAAAAGUUUUAUGACAGUGCCAUGAAUGAAUAAAGCAAUUAGACGCAGCGUUGUGGCUUUUUUUAUCGUUAUACUGUGAAGUGUUUUUCAAAUAUACUAAAAUAAAUUAAAUAGAAAAUUUUAUUUUGUUUUAACAAAAAAUAGUGAUUUGUUUGGUGAUGUGCAGAGUACCUUCCAAAGAUUAAAUUAAUUCCUACAAUCACGAAGCCUGCAGUGAGGGAACACUUCACUUAAAUACUUAGGAAGAAACUACUUGAAAAGAAAUAUCAAUAUGAGUUUCAUAAAAAUAACGGAUCCGGAUGCCGUUCAGACACAUGAAUCUGCAAUUUUCGUUCAACCCAAAAAGUUGUCGAAUAAUUCAGAUUCCUCAAACCCAACGCUAUCAGAUGCUUCAACUGUGCCGCCUGGGGGCGAUUUACCAUCGAUUUCCACAAAUCCGAAUUUGCAAGAGAAACGACGUGUCAGCAUAGUCUCGGAUCCAGUGGGAGAUGCCCGGCUGGGUUAUGAUAAUUUAGGAUUCGAACCGAAUUCAAGACGGAAAAUAUCACAGGCAUCGAUACAUUCACAUUCUGAAAUUGGACCAACGAGACGGAAAAGUAUCCUUGUAAAUUCAACCCCUGCACCUGAUGCUGAGUCAAUACACAGUCAUUUGUCAACAACUAGUUGCGAUCCUCGACUAAAUGGAAAACCAUUAAAUGGCGGACUCACAGCGCUGGAGUCCGUUUACGAUAAACUACAAAAAACCACCAACAGCCAAGCGAAUUCGAAUGCAAACUUAGAACAAUCAUGGAUUUACAUGCUAUGCAUGAGAUGUCGUGUAGAAUACAAUACACCCUCGUGGGAACCGCCAUAUUGGCAGACAAUUUGUCCGUAUCCAUUGUGCCCAUCGUAUCGGCAAUUUGCGCGUAUUAUCUCCCUGUUUUUAAUUGGCAUACUCAUCUGGAUUAGCGCCUACAUAAUAAUUGGAGACUCCGCAGCGCCUGGGGGACAACUUUUCGGAUUAGUCGUAUUGACCGUGGUAGCUCAUUUUGGCGGGUGGAUUGUAUCCCUGACAACAUUACCUCGACUCAUAGGAAUGCUGUUCGUGGGCAUCCUGUUUCAGAAUGUUGGCUGGGUAGAUCUGGGCGGUGAUUUCUCCGAAGUGACUGCCCAACUUCGAAAAUUUGCAUUAGCCAUUAUCCUCAUCCGGGCCGGACUUGAAAUGGAAGCGGAGGCCUUUCGUAAAGUCUACAAGACCAUCCUGAAACUGGGCAUCGUACCUUGGAUCGUUGAAGCUGCUGUUAUUACGGUAUUAUCACACUUUCUCCUUGGCCUGCCCGUCAUAUGGGGUAGCAUGCUGGGGGCUAUCAUAGCUGCUGUGUCGCCGGCCGUCGUUGUACCCUGCCUGUUUCGUUUGCGAACGAAAGGAUACGGAGUGGCGAAAGGAAUUCCAACUCUCAUCGUUGCCGUUACCGGAAUCGAUGAUGCCAUGUCAGUUGCGCUAUUCGGAAUUAUUAGCAGCAUCGUGUUUUCGGCCGAUAAUUUAGCGUAUCAGAUAUCUCAGGCUCCUGUCUGCAUAAUUGGUGGCCUGGCAUUCGGUGUUGUUUGGGGCUACUUGGCACAAUUCGUCCCUGAGAGUGGAGACUCUUAUGUUGUUCCUUUACGAACGAUUAUGCUAUUUUCGGGAGGAUUAAUGGCGAUUUAUGGAAGUGAAAAGAUCGGUUUCGAAGGAGCCGGUCCGUUGGGAGUUGUAUUUGCGGCAUUUGUAUCGAAUCUGUUUUGGAUUAAACAAGGAUGGGAUGUAGAGGAUAAUCCAGUAUCGACAGCAUUCGAAAUAUUCUGGAUGAUAUUCGAACCGAUAUUGUUUGGCAUCACUGGAGCAACAAUAAAGUUCAACGAACUUGACCCUGACCUUGUUUCAGUCGGAAUUGGAUGCAUUGCAGCCGGCGUAGUAAUUCGAGUUUUCGUCACAGCAGGAAUAGCUUUUGGUGAUCAUCUUAAUCGAAAGGAAAAGAUUUUUGCUGCUCUAUCAUGGAUGUCCAAGGCAACAGUACAAGCUGCAUUGGGUCCUGCUGCAUUGAGGCAUUUGGGACCUAAUGCAAGCGAAGAAGAGAAACGUUAUGGUACAAUUAUUCAGACCGUAGCUGUCUUAAGUAUUAUUUGCACAGCUCCUCUGGGUGCUAUUGUGAUUUCCCUCACUGGUACCAGACUGUUGACGAAAACUAAGGAGAUUGUGAAUGUCGAAGGCUGGCGUCGAAGUCAUCGUCCUUCACUACGUGACAUUAGUAUCAUCGACGAAGAGGAGGAACGGGAAGAUCCCGAAAUAGCGCCCGAUAAAACCACAUUAGAGAACACCAACUCAAACCAACACAUAAAUAUUCCAUCUUACUCACACAUAAAAUAACAUUUAAUUAAUUUUUAGUUAGAGUAGAUCCGGAUCAAGGGUGUAAUAUUUUACAUAUAUAUAGCCUUACAUACGCGUUAAAGUAGUGAAAAGAUAAACUUGUAAAUAAGACUUGCAAUAAUCUAGCUAAAUUAUUAAAUUUAUUAUUACAUAAAUAUACUCGUACGUAUGAGAUAGGAAAUACUAUAAUUUUACCAUAAAAGAAUGUUGCCAUAAUCGUAGGAGCUAUGGCAAAAUGGGUGUGAACAGCAGGAUAAGUAGCAAUGAUAGAAUUGUUGUGUUAAUGGUUGCAAAGCUAAAAGACAUGAAAUCUACGUCCUUUAUAUUUUUGUGAUUAGCACGUUAUAAAUAAAGUAUUAUUAGCAAUAUUUGAAAUUAUAUUAAGUUAUUUUACCUUAUUAACCGUAAAAUAUUAUGCAUUCAUUCAUCUGCAUUCCGCAAUAUGCAACAGUUGAGUUAAGCUUGAUGACUUCUAAAUUCAGGUCCAUGUUAUUGUCAUAUUCUUAGAAAUAAACACUAGAUUGUUGCUCAUAUA